GGACCACCAGAAAAGGGACUGGCUUCACUGCUUUCAACGCAACAUCGGAUGACAAAACGUUUAAUCUGACAAUCUUAGAGACUGCAAGAGAAGAUGAGGGAAUGUACCACUGUGCCUAUAGCAACUGGUUUGAAUCUACAUGGAAUGGGAUGUAUUUAUUAAUAGAAGGAAACACUGAGAGAACUUCAAGCUACCGUGUUGUUCAGCAGCCAGCUGUUCUAGAUCCAUCCCGUCCAGCAGACUCAGAUACUCUGCAGUGUUCACUCCUUUCUCAGCCUGAGGAAAAAACCUGUUCAGGAGAACCCAGAGUGUUCUGGUUAAGAGCCAAAAUGGACAAGUCUGUUCCAGAUCUCAUCUACACCGAUGGAAAAACGCAUGAAAAUUGUGAGAAGCCAUCAAACACUCAGAAGAGAUGUAGUUAUAACUUCUCUAAGAAGGUCUCCCCUUCUGAUGUUGGGACUUAUUACUGUGCCGUGGCCACAUGUGGAGAGAUAUUACUUGGAGACGGAACUAGAGUUGAAAAUGCUCAUUCAUUGAGUGAUGUUAUGUUGCUGGUGAUAACUGUGAUCUGCUUGGCCAUUUCGAUGGUUUUGAAUAUUGUUUUAAUCUGUUGCCAAACUCAAAGAACAUCACCCAAAAACAAAGAAAGCUCCUCUUCACGACCACAAUACAAUGACCAAAGCCGACCAGAUGAUUUUACAGAAGAUGGAGAGCAUAUGACCUAUGCUGGCUUACAUUUCUCUACAGGGACCAUGAACAGGAGAGAGUUUAAGACUGAAGAAAGUGUGUAUUCAAAUGUCAGAUUCAGUCAAUCUGAAUAUACAACCUGA